GCUUUCCUUUGACCAUGGCUACUACAUUAAAUCACUUCAUCACAACAAUGCUCAUCUUGGGGCUGCUUGUAACUAUCUCUCUCGAUUUCACAGUUGCCCAAAUCGGAGUUUGCUACGGAAGAUUGGGCAACAACCUCCUCUCGCCGCGGCAAGUGGUGGACCUCUACAAGCGCCACAACAUCAAAAGAAUGCGCACCUACGACGCGGACGACGCCAUCCUCGAGCCCCUCCGCGGCUCGGGCAUCGAGCUCAAUGUCGUCAUCACCAACGGAUACCUCGAGUGCCUCGCCAAAGAGCCCAACAAGGCCUACGAGUGGGUCCUCAACCACAUCUACAAGUACCCGGACGUCGACCUCCGCUACAUCUCCGUCGGCAACGAGGUCAACCCGGCCAGCAGCGUCUCCGCCGUCUACGCGCCUUACGUCCUCCCCGCGAUGCGCAACAUCUACAGAGAAGUCUGCAGAUUUGGGUACGGGAACCGGAUCAAGGUCACCACCACCGUCGGCAUGGACACCCUCGGAGCCUCGUACCCGCCUGAGAACACCGAGUUCCUCGGCGCGGUGAAGCCGUACAUGAGGCCGAUUGUGGCGUUCAUGGUGAAAACCGGCGCGCCUUUCAUGGCGAACGUGUAUCCUUACUUCGCGUACAGUAGCAACGACAGGAUCGACGAAGGAUACGCGCUCUUGCAGGAGGGUCAUGGGAUCACGAUAAACGGAGUGUAUUACGACAAUCUUUUCUAUGCGAUGGUCGAUGCUGUCUAUGCAGCGGUAGAGAGGAUGGUUGAUCCGUCCUUGCAUGCGACCCGUGGGGUGUAUAACCGUACAAUCGAGAAGAAAGGAAAGCACAACCAGAUAGGACCGGAAGUAGUGUCAGAGAGCAACGAGGAUUCACUUUUAACAGUACUGGUGUCAGAAUCCGGCCAUCCGUCGCACGGCGGCCCCAAGGCAAGUAUGGAAAAUGCAAAACUCUAUAACCAGAAUUUGGUAGAUAUUGUGGAAGGUGGGACACCAAGGCAUCCUGGGCCUAUAGAGACGUACAUAUUUGCUCUGUUUAAUGAAAAUCAGAAGGACGGGGCCGAGACGGAGAGGCAUUUCGGGCUCUUUUAUCCAAACGGACAGCCCAAAUACAGCAUCAAUUUCAACUAGUGCUAGUUUGAAGAUGAGCCUAUGUGUUCGAUGUUUGUAAUAUAUAUGUGUUCAAUGUUGUACAAGUGUAAGUUUUAAGAUGAGCCG